CUUACAUGAUAUUAGGCUUCUCUAAUGACCAUAAGUAAGGACAUAUGUCAAUGAGGUCUCAAAGAUGGGUACCCUGAAACUUUGCAAGAUGGAUUCCAUGCCCUACUGUUGAGCCGUGGCCUUGAUGUCUUCGGUACAAUCAUCAAUGUGCCCAGGUGCGCGCUCGUAUAACAAUCCCGAAAUCAAGAACCAGAAAAAGCAAACAGCACCCGAUCUGCGUCGCGAAGCUACCAAUGCGCACUUGCGAUGCGGGGAUCGAGUUGAAGCUUGCCUUUCUUUAGCAUGCUGUGUUCAGCUGAAAAGAUGACCUAGUGCCACACAAACAAAUCGACUCCUAGUUGGACACCCACCAUAGGAGGUGAAUACUGGCCAUUAUCUGCUGGGGUGCAUCUCUCGACUUUCUGGACCAAUCGAACUCGGCUCAUUGGAUUUCUCUUCUUCGACAUGAAUCUCGACAGCAUCAGAGAUCAAGGGCGGAUACCCGCGAGCCGCCCCGGAGAUGUCGAGUAUGCGCCAAAGGGCCUUGUCGCCCCUAAGUAUAUGGGCACUGUUCGAGACCAACGCGACAUGAGUACAUUGGGCCGAGUUCAGGUUCUGCGGAGAAACUUCAAGUUCGUCUCGAUUCUUGGAUUUGGCUGCACGCUGAUUUCCACAUGGGAAGUCAUCUUGACGUUUUUAUCCAGUGGCCUGACUGAUGGAGGUACUGCUGGGUUGAUAUGGGGGUUUAUCAUCGUUACGACUGGCUUCGCUCUUGUCUUUGCCAGCAUAGCCGAGAUGGCGUCCAUGUCCCCAACAUCAGGAGGCCAAUACCACUGGGUAUCGGAAUUUGCUCCUCGCAGGGGGCAGAAAUUCCUAAGCUAUAUAACAGGAUGGCUUUGUGCGAUGGGCUGGCAGUGUGCCAUCGUGGCCAUUGCAUAUCUCGCAGGCACAAUCAUUCAAGGAUUAAUAGUGCUAAACCAUCCGACAUAUGUCUUCGAACGAUGGCACGGGACUCUACUUGUUAUAGCCAUCACUACUUUCUCCAUCCUAUUCAAUACCUUCUUGGCCAAGAAUCUUCCCAUGGUCGAGGGGCUGAUUCUGAUCAUUCACGUUGUUGGGUUAUUUGCUAUUAUCAUCCCGUUAUGGGUCCUCGCUCCUCGAAACAGUCCCAAGGCGGUUUUCACCGACUUCAAUGACGGAGGUGGAUGGGGGAGUGCCGGCACUGCUACCUUGGUUGGCUUGUCCACCACCAUCACCUCCAUGAUCGGAUACGAUUGCUCUGUCCAUAUGUCCGAAGAGAUCAAGGAUGCAUCGGAGACGCUCCCCAAGGCUAUGAUGUCCGCAGUAGGAGUUAAUGGCGUCCUUGGUUUUAUCAUGAUUAUCACACUGUGCUUCACCUUGGGCGAUGUCAACAACAUCCUGAAUAGCCCAACAGGCUUUCCGUUUAUUCAGAUCUUCUAUAACACCACCAAUAGUUACGCUGCGACAAACACCAUGACGGCUAUACUAGUCAUUACACUCACAGCCAGCACGAUCACUGAGGUAGCCACAGCAUCUCGCCAGCUCUGGUCUUUUGCCCGCGACCAAGGGCUCCCGUUUUCAUCUUUCUUCGCCUAUGUUACUCCCGGCUGGAACAUACCUCUGAACUCCGUCCUUGUCUCACUUAUUGUUACCGCUCUCUUAAGCCUCAUUUAUAUCGGGUCCAACCUAGCUUUAAACGCCAUUAUGUCACUAACAAUAACCUCUCUCAUAUCAGCCUACAUCGUCUCUAUCACCUGCGUUCUCCUGAAGCGACUGCGCGGGGAAGUGCUCCCACCGCGGCGGUGGUCGCUCGGCCGUUUCGGGAUGGCCAUCAACAUCGCUAGUCUAGCAUUCUUAUUUCCAAUAUUUGUCUUUUCGUUCUUUCCGCUGACCAAAAAUGUAACCGAGCAGAGUAUGAACUGGGCUGCGGUUAUGUACGUGGCAGUGGUCGGGUUUGCGUCAGUGUAUUAUUUCUUCUUGGGGAGGUAUCAGUUUGUUGCUCCCGUGGUGUUGGUCAAGCGGGAAUUUGACCUGAGUGAUAUAUAAUGGUGAGCGGUAAUAGUGGGAAUUUAUCCUAUACUUCGGCGC